UUCAACUAUAGGAUUUCAAUACUUCUGGUUAUACGAAAUUGCCGAAUGCGUAGAAACAGAAGCAUUUAAAUCCUAUAGUUGAACUUUACUAGUUCCGGCAUAAGUUACCGGUUAUUGCCCGCAUAAACAAGGCCUGAGUAACCGUCGUCGCGGAAGUAUCGAGUCUCGGUCUUCUUCAAUCGACAACAUAAUUUUUCGAUUUCUUAGCAUAUAUUUUUGCUAACAUUCUUUAUAUCUACAUUCAGACACAGACUGGCGUAUGAACUAACCGAUUUCUCAGUCCAAGAGCCACAAGCGCACCAAAACCAAACCAGAAGUUUUCGUGAACUGUCUUACAAGCUUUAUCGAGUUACGUGAUCACGAGUUAACGUGAAACGUUUUACUUUUCACGAUUUUGUAAGAAAAAAGUUACGUUAUCGCUGCCUUGGGAGAAGGUUUUUCAGCAUUCGAAGAGUUUUUGAAUUAAGAAUAAUGUCCAAUAGAAUUUCUGCACUUGAUGAUAGCAGUAUUAAUAACAAGCUAAAUUUGUAUUUCUUGAGAGUUUAAUUAAUAAAAUAUAUUGUAUUUGUCAUGUGGUGUCGAAACUCCUUAAAGAUACAUAAUAUCCGCGGAAUUCCGAUUUUAUUUAAUUGUUUACAAUGUUUACCGAAUAGUGGUAUCAACAAUGUUAUCUUGAGGCAUUCUGUAAGACGCCUGUUUACUUCGAACGCUCAUGAAUGCACGAUAGGUGACAUGAUUGAUCAGUGGAGUAACCGAUUUAAAAACGAGGGCAUAUCGGAGCCGGUAGAGUCGAUAGAAUUUAUAAUGGCACAUAUUAUAGGAGUUAAGAAGAUAUCAGAUAUUGUAAAUGUAAGAAAUAAUCGUCUUAAUGAGGGCCAGAAAGAAAAGCUGAUAUCUUUAUGUGAAUGUCGGUUAUUGAGGAUGCCAAUUCAAUAUAUUAUAGGUGAAUGGGAUUUUCGGGACAUUACUUUAAAACUUGUACCACCGAUUUUCAUUCCUCGCCCAGAGACUGAAAUACUAGUAGAUUUUGUGUUGAAAAGACUAAAUGCAUUGCAAGCCAAUAGUUACGAAAUAUUAGAAAUUGGUUGUGGAUCAGGCGCUAUUUCUUUAGCCCUAACUCACGCUAGUAAAAAAGUAAAAUGCACAGCAAUUGACAUGAAUCUGCAUGCCUGCAACUUGACAAUAACAAAUCGAAAUAAACUAGAUCUGACAGAUCAAAUUACGGUAAUGCAUGCAGUUUUGAAACCAGAUGCAACUAUUGAAGUUUUAAGUAUGUUAAACGGCAAUAAUGAUAUAGAUAUAAAUUCAAAGCAAUUUGAUUUUGUGGUCAGUAAUCCGCCAUAUGUAUCAACGAAAAUAAUACCGACAUUGCAGACUGAGAUAAAAAUUUACGAAGAUCUCAGAGCAUUGGAUGGCGGUGACGAUGGAUUGAAAGUGAUUAAACCGCUUUUAAAAUAUACAGCUAAGGUGUUAAAACCUGGUGGAUCUCUUUUCCUGGAAGUUGAUCCUGCUCAUCCGGAGUAUAUACAAUUUUUUACAACUAAAUAUUCUGAUUUGAAACUAUGUCAUGAACACACGUACAAAGAUUUUUGCAAUAACGAUCGUUUUGUAGAAGUAGUAAAACUUCCGUGAAAAAUGAUAUACAAAUGACCCCAGUUUUAUUGCGUAUUCUUGAAAUUGUAACUAAUCUGCUUACAAUUUCUUAGCAAUUUGUUUAACUGGAUAUAUAAAUAAUCAUAUAUGAUCUUUUUUUUUAUGCGUGUCACAAAUUCUUCACAUUUUCCUGAACAAAGUUCUUUCGGUAAUUAUUCAGAAUUCCUCAAUCCUUAAAUAUACUCAUUUGACGCACAUAAAAGAAAGAAUUGAACAGAAAAACAGCGUCGGUCUGCUUCGCUAAGCAAGUUAUUAAGAGUUAAAAGUUUUCUUUUAGACGUUUUUUCUAUUAGAAAUUGUUCCGUAUGAAUACUGUAAUGUUUUUAUAGAUAAAAAAGUAAACAUUUAUAAAUUUUGUCAACGCGUGUAUGUUAAUAAAACUCACGAUAUAAGUGAUAUUUUCAUAAAACUUUUAGAAAGAUAUUUGUUUAUUUUUAUGUCUCUCACAUCGCUUUGAAGCUAUACCUUAACUACCUACUCUAGAAAAACCUUAACAUUUAUAUAUUUCUUUUAUACAAGGAGGAGAGAAAUUUGGCUCGCAACUGAAACUCACUCUUUUGUUCAUUUUCUGCUGUAUAAAUAAAUAAAUAGUUUAUUUAUUUAUUUAAAUCUUUAUUAAUAUCGAUCAAACACAGGAAAAUUAACGACAGCAGUUUUGUUCGACUGUAACAUCGAACAAUAACUGGAAAAACUGCAGAAUAACAAGAACACUCGAAUAUAUGUUCGGACUUUCUUUGUUAGACAUGCAAAUUUGUAAGACAUCUAAACUUACAUUUGCAGAGACU